AUGGAGCUGACUAAAGUAUGGGAACAAGAAAUUGUUCGUCUAAUCCUUCAAUUCUUGAACGAUUACGGUUAUGGAAGUACUCUAAAAUGCUUGGAAAAUGAAAGUGGACUUUGCUACGAAACAGAGAACGUCAAGUCGUUUCAAAAAGGCGUCCUUUCCGGUGACUGGCAAAUCGCUGAGAGUUGCUUUGCUUCUAUGAAGCUGAGGGACGAAAGCAAAAGAAAUGAAGCGCUUUUUCUUCUGCAAAAACAAAAAUGUUUAGAGUUAGCUGAAAUGGGAUCACUUUGUGAGGCAAUCUUUGUUUUGCAAACAACCGAUAAUACAUACUUUAAUCAAAGCAAAGAGGAGUUGAUCUCGCAAAUAAUGUUUUCAAGAAAAAAAUUCACAGAAUCCGCACACGGCAUAAAAGACAACCGUACUGCUUUAUUAAAUGAACUCUCCUUCUACAUAAGCGCUGACAUUAUGAUGCCGAAAAACCGACUCUUGAAUCUUUUGGAACAGGCAAAAAACCAUCAGAUUUCUUCCCAAUGCUAUCAUAAUGUUCUGAAAAACUUCACCUUUCUCUCUGAUUAUCAAGCCGAGCCUAGCGAAAUCCCAACAAAGGAGAUACAUUGUUUCGACGACCACACAAGUGAAGUUUGGCAAAUUUCCUACUCAAGUAGCGGCAAGUACUUAGCGUCCGCUUCGCAAGAUAAGUCUACCAUAAUUUUUGAUUUGGUUAAUAUGAAGAUGCUACACCGACUAAUUGGACACAGUAAAGAGGUGGCUUAUGUGAAAUGGUCUCCGGAUGAUCGUUAUUUACUUACUUGCUCUAAUGACUACUCGGUUAUACUUUGGGAUGCGUUUACCGGCGAGAAGAUCCGGCAUUUAAAAGAGCAUACUUACUUUGUGAGCUGUUGCUGUUGGCUACCCGAUGGAUUGUCUUUCAUUACUGGGUCUCCUGAUAUGACGAUUAUUCAUUGGUCGUUAACUGGAGAGAUUUUGCAUAAAUGGAAGGAUGUCAAUAUUUACGAUAUGGCAAUUAGUAAUGACGGAUCAAAAUUGUAUGCUGUUGGGUACCAGAAGCAAAUGGAAAGUGAAGAUAAGCAUAUUGCUGUUUAUUCCAUACCUACAAGAGAAUGCCUUAAAAAAAUUCAUCUUGAAUCCAAGGUGACUUCCAUAUCGCUUUCAAAAGACUCUCGUUAUGCCCUGACGAACAUCGAGCCACAUACAAUAUUGCUUUGGGAUAUACAAGAGUGUCGCAUUAUUCGGCAAUACAUGGGUCAUAAGCUUGGGAACUGGCUGAUCGGUUCAUGUUUCGGCGGUCAAGAUGACACGUUUGUAUUAAGCGGCAGCCAAGACGAGUUUAUUCGAAUAUGGCAUCGAGACUCUGGGAAACUGCUUAGCACUUUACCAGGACACUCAAAAUGCGUCAACUACAUCGCUUACAAUCCAGUGGAUCCCUAUCAAUUUGCUUCAGCUAGUGACGACAGCACUAUUCGUGUAUGGUCAAACCAAGAACCUCAAUAA